CAUUCACAAUUCACAUGUGCAAUCAUAUUCCUCCAACGCCACAUGUAAGUAAAUAAGAAAAAUAGAAAAAUCGUAAAUCAAUAAGGGGUGAGGUUUGAGAUUUUCAAAUUCUUUCUGGACAUUUCGGAAAAUGACCAAAUUAAUCAGAUCUUUGCUCCAGCUAAUUCUCGGAAUAGGCGUGUGGCUGGUUUUGAUGUCAUAUGCGAAUUCGAACACAUUGUAUUACAAAUGUUUCCUGUGCCCACUUCCGUUUUGGGCAAUUGUUGUUUUUGGGGUGUAUUCAGUGUCUACAGUCUUGUACAGAACUUUGAAAGUUAAUGAUUGUCCAGAUGCUGCGAAAGAGCUUUUGGAAGAAAUCGACAUGGCCAGGGCUGAGUUGAAACGGAAAGGAAUGAAGUCAUUGCAAUAAAACUAACCUAAAGAUAAGGCACUUAUUCUUGUGAUUGCAGCUGUAUAUUUUUCGUUAUACACAGUAAAAAAGAAAAUAAUUUUCCGUAUAUUUCUCUCAAGCUGUUUUUAUAAGCUCAUUGCAUGUGCAUAUGUGAGCUUUUUUCACCAUACUCCGUCUUGGACGGAAAUUCAUAUUUUACUAAUACGAGAAUUUACAUGCUCUGGCCACCCGGGAGUAAAAUUGUAAUUUACAAUUUGUAAAUAGAAUACUGUUUUCUAAAGAUUAAGAUAAAGUGGACAUCUUACAAAGAAAAUUCAUUAAUUUCCAUCCUGCUGUAUAGCACGCAUGUCAAAGUAGCAAGUUGUUUUUUUUUAUUUUUUUUAAAAUUUACAUUUACUUUACGAAGUUAAUUUUUAAGAAGUUUUCAUCUAACCAUAAUGGCAUCUGAAUCUGACCUUACCGGUAAGAAAUUUGUCUUGAUUGACCUAAGUGGGACCUUACAUGUGGGGGAUGAAGCCACUCCUCGUGCAGUAGAAGCUUUAGCGUCGCUGAAGACUCACGGUUUCACAGUUCUGUUUGUAACGAAUACAACAAAGGAUUCGAAACAAAAAUUGCAUGAACGCUUGAUUCGUUUGGGAUUCGACAUACACGUUGCCGAGCUCUACACCUCAAUGAGCGCCACAAGACUGCACGUUGAAAAACAAGGUUUGAGGCCAAUGCUGUUGAUAGAAGAAGAAGCCAAGAAGGAUUUCGAAGGGAUUAGCGUAAUUGAUCCUAAUUGUGUUGUUGUUGGAUUGUCUCCAAAGGACUUUUGUUACGAAACUCUAAACAUUGCUAUGAGGCUGAUACUUGAAAAAGAUGGACCAAUAAUAGCUGUGCAUGCAGGGAGACGAUACAUGUCCCCGUCCGGAAUGAACAUGGGACCAGGAUGUUUCGUAGCAGGAUUGGAAUACGCAACUGGUCAAACCGCAAAAGUUUUUGGAAAACCAGAAAUUUCUUUUUUCGAAUCUGCUCUUAGCUAUGUUGGUUGCAUUGAUCCUAGUAAAGCCGUGAUGAUUGGAGAUGAUGUCAGGGACGAUGUUUUUGGUGCACAGCAGGCUGGAAUGACUGGCAUUUUAGUCAGGACAGGAAAAUAUCUACCUGAUGAUGAAACAAAAUUUUUGGGAAUCAAGCCUGAUUUUACCUGCGAAAAUUUUGCGGAAGCAGUUGACAUGUUACUUGGUGCAAAUAAACGUCUAUCGUAAAACAUGCCACUAACAUUACUUUGUGAUCUUCUGCAUGUGUCACCCUAGUCAUGCAUCGUAAAGUUGAUGUCAUCGUGAAUUACAUGGCCCCCCUUCGUUUUAAAGCUUCCUAUCGUAAAAUAUUAAUCAUCAGUGUAAUCAACUAUGGGAUUUUGUAACUUUACCAUCUAGCUGGAUGUAAUAUUAAUAGUAUGAACUCAAAGCCAAUUACGAUAAUAAAUAUCUUUAAUAGUU